GGCGGUAAAAAUGAAGGAAAGCUUCAGCAAACUACAGUGAUCUACAGUAAUGGAUAAUCCAACGUUUAAAUCGGUAAGUUUAAUUUCUUUUGGUGUUAUUUCUUUGUAUUCAAAGCUGUCAUUGUUACCGUAGAACCGCUGCUUUAAGCUUUUCAUCACUCGUUUCAAUUCCGGCGCCUCUGUUUGCCGGUAUAACACUCUAAACCACUGUCUAAAUCAGGGGAAAAAAUUAAAACAAAUCAUAGAAUAAGAUUUUGUCCUCGAAACUCAAACUGCCUGUUUAAAUUACAGAAAAAGAGUUCUUAUCCUAUGAUUUUUUUAAAUUUUUCGCGUAAAAUAAGAGAACUUUUUGUUAAAUUGAGAGAUUCGCAGCAGAGUGUAGGGUAAGCUCAUUGUGAUUUUCUUUUUUCAGGAAACUGUUAACAAGCUAUUGCUUAAUUUCUUUCGUGACAAGCAAAAAACAAAAUGUGAGUGAGACAUCAAGUUCAACUUAUGGGCGAGCUUGGAGUAGACUGAGGUCACUCAGCCAUAUAAACUAUGCCUACAGAUGUGACUAGGGAACCAAUUUAUAAGAUCAUGUUGAUUAUUGCUGUUGUUCAAUUUUAUCCUGAGCUUAAAUAUAUUUUAUUUCCUCUUUUGGAUAUGAUGAUUUAUUAUAAUGAGUUUGAAACAAAGGGAAAUAAAAUUUAAAGAAGUAUAAUUUUUUACAGUAGUCAAAUCCCUGUGGGGGGGGGGGGGUACUCCCUUACAAGGGGCUAAAAGGGAUAUGCCGCUGGAUGGAGUUGCAGUUUCACGACUGGAGUGACUAUAAUGGGGUUGUAUUUUCAAUAGAGUUACCAGAAUGGGGUCACAAAUUUUUGGGAUGAGCAGGGAUUCAAAAUGGGAAGAUUCUCGGUUAAAAAAUCAGAAUGUUGUUGUUUAUAAAAUUUAAUAAUAAGCUCACAUUGACUGCAUUACAUUCCGCCGCUUGAAACCACAUUGAUAAGGUAGAUGUAUAAAUAGAAAGUGACGAAGUUGGGAUCGCAAAAAUUACAUUUUCCAAAAAGUGACUAACAUGGGGUCUAUAGUUGGCCAAAAAAUAGACUAUGAUAGGGUUGGGGCUUUGAGAGGCUACUGGCAUAUACCCAGCAAACAUUAACCCAAGUACCCCCCCCCCCCUGGGGUCAAACCCCACUUUACGGACACCCCGUUGAGAAGAACACUUUCUGUGCCCCCCUCAGUGUCCGUAUUAAAAGGGGUUUUAUUGUAUCUACAGUCUCUAGCUUUGCUUAUAGGAGCCAAUAGGGUGCUUAAGCAAUGAUCACGGCGACGGCAAAAGGGUACGGCAAGAAAGCAAUGGGUUUAGAUUGGCAAAACAACAACUUUGCACAUGCAUUAUGCUUUUUUGAACAUUUGUUAACUGUCGUUGCAUGACUACAACAUGAGAGUGCCUUUUUUUCACGUUUUUCAAGGAUGGGAACACAAGACAACAGCGUUAUUAUUCAUUUCCUGAACUUUGAUACAGUCCUUUAGAAUUCAACUCCAAGAAAAUUUGCCAACAUCUGACCAAUUUUACUACACGGUUUUGGCUUACUUAAGGCCACAGCCUAGCUUAUUUUGACUUCUUGUCAAAUCAACUGCAUUAGUUUCCUUUUUCACAUAGGCAAUGGUGAUGCUUUAAAACUGAUGACAGAACUUCUUAGGAUUUUUAUUGCAGGUAUCAAAUAUUAUUGUUGCAACUCAUUCUCAUUAAUCUAUGUCUGCCCACAGAGACUAAAUUACUUGAGACUAGGUGGGGCACUUGUUGCGGGUGCACAAGGUUCUCUGCAGGGCCUCAAAAAUUAUUUAUAAUUUACCUAAGGACAUGGCAUCCAGUCAUGUGUUGAACUUUGCAAAUUGGACCACAAUCAGAUUAAACUACAAAUUGGAAAUAUACUAUUUUUCAACGCAAAUAAUGUUAUCCUUCCAGAUUACCUUUCUAAGAGAAUCUUUAGUAAGCAAGAAAGUUAUUUCUCAUUACAAGUGAGGACGUUGCUUUUAUUCUGAGAUACAAUAGCAGAUUCAUGAGACUCAUUAGCCUUUUUAUGUUAUGAUAUACAUUGCCAGCUAUUUCUUCUUGAUUUUUCACCUCAGUUGAUAGCUUGAGAUUGUUUUGCCAUAGCACUGAGAAACCUCCACUGAGAAACUUUUUAAUUUCCUUCUUUCUUUCUUUCUUGAAAGAGGGUGCAGCGAGAGCAGCACAGCAAGCUAAGGUAUAAUAGUUUAUAGAUGACCAACCUCUUUGAAUUUUAUACAAGUUUAUUACAGAAGAACCUCGAUAACUUGAACCCAGAUAACCCUGAAUUCCCCGCUAACUCAAACAAAAUUUCCCUUUCCUUGAUCAAAAUUACGCUGAAAUUUACCCCAAGACCUCAAAUUUCGCUCUAACUCGAACUGUUUUUUGUUUCCUUACAGAGUUCAAGUUACCUAGUUCUACUGUAUUUCUCUUCAACAGAAAAAAAGUGAAAAAAAGUCAACUCACUCACACGCACAUAGUUACACAAAUUCUCUUUCUGACAUGGUUUCCACUAGAACUGACAUGAAGUGUCCAUCAUAGAGAGCCAUCUGCCUUAUGGAGAGUCAGAAAAUGCCUAUUAAAGCAAUAACAAGAACUAUUCUAGGUGCCUGUUUUUAUCUUAGGUUGCUAAUGACGACAAAAUAUUUUGUUGCUUGGACAGUAUUUUUUUUUUUAAAAGAAGACUUACUCUAAUCAAUUUUGGUUCAGAAAAAAAAUCUGAGCCUUUUUUUUAGAAUCUUUUUCCCAUCUGGCAACAACCAUCAGGGCUAUUUAUAGAUUAAAAUGUUUGUAUCCUGGACACAACUAUAAUCUAUAAUCUUUCUGAAGAAUGGUCAUACAGGAAAAGUGAUGAUAAUAACGUGAACUCUUGCUCUUUUUCUAGGUUGAAUCCUCACCAACUGUAGAAACUGACCAUUUGGAAAAAAUCCUACCACAACUGGUAAGUGCAUCGAAGUCAGUCUUCCUCAUUAAAUUUCAUCUUAUCUUGUAAAUGGCCUCAUCAGACAGUAAUUAAUUUUUCCCAGUAAUGCUUCAAUGUAUGCAUCCCUUGAAACUUUUGCCUGCAAAUUUAUUACGUACUGAAAUGAAUUUUGUUGUUGUAGUACGUGGGCUUCACCAGCCUCGUUCCCAGUCAUCCUCAGUGAUUUUGAAUGUGACAUCGCCUGUCAAGCUUCAUGUUGGUGAGCACAAGGGGGCUUGGAACCAAGCGCGCUAUCAUGCUUGGUUCCAAUUCCCCUUCUGCUGACUUGGAUAGCAUGAACAGGCCUGGGAAUGAGGCUGGGUCUUCACUUCAGUUAUGACAGAGGAACUGUAUAUGAGAACUAUUUAAGCAUUAGAAAACGUUUCUUUGUCUCGGGUAUGCAUAAUUGCCGAGUAUUCUCCCAACCCCUCAAGUGUUUAUAUCAGGCUGUGCAAACAUGCCAAGAAAUAGAUAAUUAAUAAAUCGUUGUACUGACAAAAUCUAAUAGCAGCAAGUAGAUAAUUUGGAAGUAUGACUUGAAUAAAUUUAUGGGCAGAUACGUUUCCAUUAACAAUGGUUAGUCUUUGGGUUUAACCUUGUUUUAAAAGCACUAAGUGUGGUUUAAAGUUAGUGUGAUUUAAUUUUGUUUUCUUACGUUUUUGUGAACUUUAUUUUUCAGCUUCUUGACUUUUGAAAUUUUGAAAUCAAGACUGCAUAAAGCCACUAGAAGAGGCAAAAAGAAAGGAAAAUACUAAUCAUAGAAGGCAAAAAGGAAGGAAAUUGUCAAAAUCAUUGGACUUGACAUCUCACUGUCAACAAUGACUUAGUCUCAUGUUAUUUGUAAAUUACAAAACAACUGCCCUUAAUGAUAUAUCUGAAGGUCAGUCUCUAUGUAAAUUAAAGUACAGUUGACUCCUGAUUAAUUCGAUUUCGAGUUAUCAGAAGUCAACUGUAGUUGCUAAGCAGAGGUAAACUUCUUGUGUAUUGUUUAAUAAUGAGUGUAAGCUAAUAUAUAUGUUGUAGUUAAUUUUUUAUCUCAUGUAAUUUUUGUUUUUGUUUUGUUUUUUGGGUAUGGUAAUGUAUGCUAAUGAAGUUGAAACAAAGGAAACAAAAAUUACCCGAGAUAAAAAAUUAACUACAACAUAUAUACAUACUUUAAAUGUUUGAGUUAGUGCCCCACCCUCUACCAAGGAAAAUCACUGGAUUUACAGUAUAGAAGUAGAAUGCAAUAAUUGCAAGUCAUACCCAGUCAUUUUGAAAAGUCUUGUUGCAGAAAGUAGUAUAAAAUAAUGUGAUCAACGAUGGCCGAAGAAGUAAAAUUCGUAAAUGACUCCAUGACCUGUUUUAGCCAAUAGGGUGAUCAAAGGGGGUUAAAGAAUGCUGAUUUAUUAAAUAAAUCUUAGUCCUUGAAAAGUGUACUUUUUCCUUGAAAAAUCCUUGAAAAGUCCUUGCAUGAAAUUUGUUUAUCUGAAGUUGUACGGUUACUACGAACCAUGUAAUAAAGCUCAUGCUUAAAGUUGAAAAUCAAUAGCGUUGAUCGAUAUGUAAGCUUUCUUUUAGACGGACUGCAAAACAGCCAGGCUCCGAGAUAGUCGGGCCCGCUAAAAUUGAGAAAGCGCGAAGACGAAAAUAAAACAGAAGGAAACUUCCCUUCUGCCUUCCUUUUCCUCUUUUUCGCCCUGCCAACUUUUCGAGUGCCUUUUACUUUCGCGUCUUCCUCACUAUCUGAGGGCCUGGAACAGGCUAGGUUACAGAAAUAUGAGGCGGAGCCGCCGUGGAAAGCGUCUCAUCCCCAUUCUCCGUACAGCUUGGCAGCUUCUCUGACAAAACUUUGCUCGCGCUAACGAUCCCGCCGGCUUCGCAGGCUAGAGAGAUGAUAUUAUUAGCAUUACUGAAAAUCAGGACCGCCAUUUCGCCUACAUGGACCCGAAGUGCUGAAAAGGUAUACUGCUCAAAACAGGCGUUAAUGAAGGCGGCUUUUGGGAGCCGCCAAACCUGCCUGAUCGUCCCCUGUUGUACAGGCUACUGACAUUUUCAGUAGAAAAGUCUGUUGCCUGCGUGGCUCGAGAGAUUCAGAGUGCUGCACUUGAAAUCUGGAGGUCCCAUGCAAUAUUUCAAGCCCCGCCCCCCCUUGAGCACUGGCUCAUGCACCGCCGGAACGUCUGCAAAUUUUAUAUUCUUAAAGUGCGGUUUCCCUUUGCCUUUUGUCUGUUUGGUUGUUGUUGUUGUUGUUUUUGUUUUUUACUAUUUUCUGUGAAGCGUUAAGGUCAUCGAAAAGGGAGACUUAAGGCUUGUUGCGUUCCUAUGGAAUGAUCCGGAUAAGGAACUGAUCUGAAAUCACUCAGAUCUGUACAGUCAAACUCGGCAUACACACAUGAGUAAUGCCCUUGUUUCUGUAAGUUCUGACUGUAUUAUGGAACGAUCUAACCAUUAAGUGGAACGAUCUGGCUUGGAACGAUCAUGGAACAAAGUGGCUGGAUACUAGUACUUUCACUGAGGAGGGAGGGGGUGGGCCUUGGAAAGUGUUCGUAUUAUUGGAGUGUCCGUGUUUAAAAACGGUUCUUGUUAUGUAGGUCAAAAUACCCCUUUUUGAAACAAAAUACUAAAGAAAUAAAACAGAUCAUUACCAUCGUAAAAUUAAACGUCUCUAACCUUCACAAAGCCGUGAAGGACUGUGUCCACGGAAACACUCAAAAGUCGCUCAUUUAUAUGGCAUUACUUAAUCAAAAACCGUUCUCUUCAUAACUCGUUUGAUGCAAACAGAGUCUGAAAUUGACGUUAACAAUUCAUCUGUAGCGCUGGGAAAUUUACUUGUUGUCACCUGUCCGCGUUCCAUUAGCGAGGUUGACUUCAGUGAAUCUGUUGAUUGGACAAGAAACAAGUUUCCGUUGUCCGUCGUUUCGCCCUGACGGAACUCGAUUCACCCGAUGA